UGUCAGCUCAGAAGACCAGGGCGCACUCACCUCGGUCCGGACGUGCGCUUCUUCUUCCUCCUCCUCCUCCUCGGAUGGAGCUGCUGCUGCAAUUCCUCCACAGUCUGCACCGCCGCCGGGACUGAAGUCGUGCGCUGUUCUGGUUCUUUUUUAAUUUUAUUAUUAUUAUUAUUUUAGGGGUAUAAUAGGACUCAUUUCGGUCCCGCCGUCCUCUCCGUCUUCCAGCAGGCCGCCGUCUCCUCCGUGACUCUCUGUUCCCAUGCGAUUCUUCAGACUCACAUUCAAGUGUUUCGUGGAUUGUUUUUGAAGGUCGCUGUCCGAUUGUCGGUGUAAUUCCCUUUCUUUUUUUUUUCUCUUCAAUUUCUUAUUAUUUCAUUUUCAAGUUAAAUCCCCUCAAUUCGAGAAAAAAAACCCUUUUUUAUUAUUGGACUUUCUGAAUUUGUUUCCUCUUUUUUUUUUUUACAUGAUUAAAUCGUCUGGAAACAGCUGGAGUCAUAAAUAAAACAACAGACUCCGGAUCCUCCGGCUUCACAGAAGAAGAAUCAAAUUUCUUCGUGUUGCUAGUGAGAAAGUGUGAGAGCGGGGCAGAGGAUAAAGGUCUGGUUCUGCUCCUGCUCCUGACCUUCUGGCUCUGGUGACUGGUCUUUAGCUGGGAGCUGACUGGUUUGGUGGGACUCUGAGAGGAGGUGAGCACAAGGUGUGGAAGACUGAGACUUUGGGAGAAAAACCUUCAAAAUAAAGGCACUCUGAGGCGGACUGAGCAGACUGAGGUUUUACUAGUUUUAUGUGGGACCUGACUGGUUGUUUGGACUUCUAAAAGGAGAAAAACCUGCCAAAUUAAAGGGAGAAGACCUCAGUCUUUUUGACUGGUAUCUGACUGGUUUAUAGGGGUGAUAAACUGAUUUUUAAGGAUUAAAAUUUGCAGGAAUUAAAACGCUCCAAAGUGGGAACCACAGCUGACUGUUCCUACUGGUCUGACUGGUAAUCUGAGUGGGAACUGUGGGAGAACACCUGAACAGAAAUAAGAGACACUGCAGACACAACUUGCAGGAAUUAAAGGGAAUACAGAGGCUGAACAUAUCGGAACCACUUCCGUACUGGUUCCUGUUCUGUGAAUGAUGGAAAAGCAGGCUCUUCCAGCCUCCUCCUGCUCUCUGGUUCUCCUGGAGGAGACCAAGAAGAACCCUAUCACCCUCUCUAAUGGGGGCAGCGAUAGCAGUUAUGCCCCUGCGGCCACUAAUGGCAGCCUCGUCCCGGGGACAGGCGGAUUGGUGGGCACUUCUUGUGUCGGACAGGACAAAAAAGGUGGCAUGGUCAAUGGGGUGGGGCCUGGUUACCAGGAACGGGAAACCUGGACGCGACAGAUGGACUUCAUCAUGUCCUGCGUGGGCUUUGCUGUAGGACUCGGAAACGUCUGGAGGUUCCCCUACCUGUGCUACAAGAACGGAGGAGGUGUGUUCCUGAUCCCUUACCUGCUGAUCGUGUUCGUUGGAGGAAUCCCCAUCUUCUUCCUGGAGAUCUCUCUCGGUCAGUUCAUGAAGGCGGGCAGCAUCAACGUCUGGAACAUCGCGCCGCUGUUUAAAGGUCUGGGUUAUGCCUCCAUGGUGAUUGUGUUUUUCUGUAACACCUACUACAUCAUGGUGCUGGCCUGGGGCUUCUACUACCUGAUCAAGUCCUUUACCGCUACACUCCCGUGGUCCACGUGCAACAAUGAAUGGAACACGCCCAGCUGCAUCGAGAUCUUCCAUCACCAGGACUGCAAAAACGCCAGCUUCGCCAACAUCACCAUCGGCAACAGCAACAUGACCUGCGCCGAUCUGGCUGACGUACGGUCGCCCAUCAUCGAGUUCUGGGAGAACAAAGUGUUGAACAUCUCGUCUGGUCUGGAUGUACCGGGAAAGAUGAACUGGGAGCUCAUUUUGUGUCUGAUGGCUGUCUGGGUUCUGGUUUACUUCUGCGUCUGGAAGGGAGUCAAAUCCACCGGGAAGAUUGUGUACUUUACGGCGACCUUCCCCUACGUGGUUCUCAUCAUCCUGCUGGUCAGAGGAGUGACUCUCCCCGGAGCCUAUGACGGCAUCAUGUACUACAUCAAACCUGACUGGUCCAAACUGGAGGAGGCUCAGGUGUGGAUAGACGCCGGCACUCAGAUCUUCUUCUCCUACGCCAUCGGCCUCGGCGCUCUGACUGCUUUGGGCAGCUACAACCGGUUUAACAACGACUGCUACAAAGACGCCUUCAUCUUGGCUCUCAUAAACAGCGGGACCAGCUUCUUCGCCGGUUUUGUCGUGUUUUCUAUUCUUGGCUUCAUGGCUGCAGAGCAGGGAGUCGACAUAUCGCAGGUCGCUGAAUCAGGUCCAGGUCUGGCCUUCAUUGCAUAUCCGAAGGCGGUCAGUCUGAUGCCGGUGGCCCCACUGUGGGCUGCGCUCUUCUUCUUCAUGCUGCUGCUGCUGGGACUAGACAGUCAGUUUGUCGGGGUGGAGGGUUUUGUUACUGGAAUUCUGGAUCUGUUUCCUGGAAAGUAUUAUCAUCGCUACAAAAGGGAGAUUGCUGUGGCGAUAUGCUGUUUACUCUGCUUCAUUAUUGACCUCUCCAUGGUGACACAGGGAGGGAUGUACGUCUUCCAGUUGUUUGACUAUUAUUCGGCCAGUGGAAUGACUCUGUUGUGGCAAGCAUUCUGGGAAUGCAUAGUAGUUGCCUGGGUCUACGGUGCUGACCGGUUCAUGGAUGAUGUAGCUCGUAUGAUCGGCUACCGGCCCUUCCCCUGGAUGAAGUGGUGCUGGUCUUUUAUAACUCCAUGUGUCUGCAUGGGUAUCUUUCUGUUCCACAUGGUGAACUAUAAGCCCCUGACCUACAACAAUGUGUACGUGUACCCGUGGUGGGGUGAGGUGAUUGGCUGGUGCAUGGCUCUGUCCUCCAUGCUCUGCAUUCCUGUCAGCCUUCUAUACAAACUCUUUAGAGCCAAGGGAACCUUCAAAGAGCGUUGGAACCACCUGACCACUCCGGUAUGGGGGGCCCAUCACUUAGAGUACAUGGCCCCAGAUAUCAAGUCCCUGAGCUCCAUGUCACCCAGCACUGAUGACAACAAAGUCAUCAUCUUUGAGAGUGUUAUGUAAGUGGGACUCCAUCUCCAUCCAUCCAUCCCGCCUCUGACCAGACAGCCGACAGCAUCACGCUCAACCUUCAGCUUUACCUCCAACCGGUACGAAGGACUCAAAAAGCUUACAGCUCCUGUGAUCUCUCGGUGGCGCUCUCACUUGGUGUUGGCUCUCAUUGCGGAAUCAUAUCACUUCCUGUUCCUAUUCUCUCCCACUGUUGCCAAGUGCAACUCAUAGGGGGUCGUUUUGACUGUUGGGUUUUCUCUGUAAUCAUUGUGGGGUCUUUACCUUGAGGCGACUCGUGAUUUGGCGCUAUAUAAAUAAAAUUGAAUUGAAUUGAAAAGGACUCUCAAAGUGAUCAAUCUGAUUCAUGGACUCAGUGCUUUUCCUCUUUGAUUAAGUGAUUGAUAGGUCUCCUUGAACCCAUUGAUCGGUUGGUCUUACAUGUCACCAGGCUGACCAAAGCUGCUAGAGAUUUUUUUUUCUAUACCUGGAAAAGAGGAAUGACGCAACUCCUUCAGGAAGCUUUUUCAUAAUUCCAACAACCACCAAUGCUUUUUUUUUUAACAUUGGAACCAGCAGAUCUUUGAGUGCUCUGACUGUAACAGGCUGUAAUUCCCCUUGUACUGAAGAAAGGAAAAAGUAAAUACUCUCAAUGAAUGUGGAUGAAAUGCUGAAUGUGGGUAAUCCUAAAGUUUUCACUAUAUGUCAAAUCUUGGAGAGAUUUUCUUUGUCCCAAACCCAAAAAAAAAAAAAAAAAAGGGAAGAGCGUCUGCUGUCGAGGUAGAAGUCGGGGGAUGGGUUUCCCCAAUCAUUGAUGAGCAGUAGUAUCAAUGCAAUUUUUUCUCUGAGUGGGUGGGUUGAACAUGCAAACAUUAACUAAUAAACUCCCAUUACACAUACAAUCAUCUCACUCAGAUUUUUAUUUUAAGCUGCAUUUUGGUGUAAUUAGAGCUCGAUGUAUUGUGGUUAAAUUUAAGAUUCUGGCACCAUACCAGGUGUAAUGGCUGUUUAUUCAGACAGACAGAGUUCUAGACAGACAGACUGACUGACUGACCCUCAGAAAAUUAACAGAGGUCUUUUACUUCGUAACAGGAUUUAAAAGUGACUGGAAACAGUCUGAGCUUCAGUCCUGCUGUCAAACAUAAAAGGGGAAGAAAAGAUCAACCAAGGAACAGAACUGUCGGUUCGUACAUCGAGACGCUUUCAGGGACUCUGAAAGUUAUUCAUUUGCUUUUUAUUUGGCUUUUAACUCAAAAAGAGUUUGCCAGCAGGACUGGGGAGUAAAAAGGCUACAUUGUCCUGUUACGGCGCAACCAGCGGUUCAGGAAGCUGGACUGAGUUCAGAGAGUGUAACCUCAGACACCUCUUGGUGAGCACUUUAAGCGACACUUCAGUUGUUGAAGUCCUAAACCUCAAACUGCCGCCCUGAUGUGUUUUCGGAUACUUUGAUAUGUCUUCUGAAGCUAAAUACUGUGAAUCACCAGCUCUUACUACUGAUCCCAGAACAGUCCUGACUCCUGAGCAGCGUCGUGCUUCUCUGACUGCUGACCUCUGAUCUGUUUUCUGAUUCGCUCAGGCAACAACAGAUCUCAUGUCAGAAGGAAAGGUCCAGAGCGAAUUCAGUCACUGUUAGAAUUAAAAUCAACAUUUUAAAUGCUGUAAAUCAACAUCCAGAACGGUUCAAAAUGUACAGUUUUUUCCCGAAAGCUUUCAACCCCAACCAGGGUGAAAACAUUACAACUUUCCAGCUUCUUAGCUGGGUGUAAAUGUUUCACAUUACCAACAGAUGACCCACAGACUCUUUAGACUGCCACUAAAAAGCUGGAAACUGCUCAGAAACUGGAGUGAAAUCCUGCUGGAUCUGACCUUUCGCCCCCUCCCUGUCCUGUAUCUGACCUCUUUGUGAGGAGGUUCAGGCCUGCAUGAGAAUCAGGUCAGAGGUUGGGCUUCGUUCUGUGUCCCCCGGGUUGACUCAAGUGCCAAACGGGGCAAUACUUGCCCUGCAGGGCUGAUCCCAGACCAGGGCUCCAGGCUGCCAAUAUCAACCUGUUAGCUCUUCUCUCUGCCUCGUCUCUCAGUCUCAUCAAUGCUGCAGUCCUCCAUCCAGACCUCACUUCUUCCUCCUGAACCACUGAUGGUGAUGGUGGUACCUUCCAAAUCACAUUCUCAUACAGCCUCUGUAUGUGGUUAUCCUCGUCUGCACAGUCCUGAAAAUCUGAUUUAACACUCAUACUCAAGUGAUUGCUCUGCACCUAAAUCCACCAAGAGGUAACAUUUCCCCACUAUUAGAAUUUAUCAUCAUAAAACAAAACAUUUAACAAGUUUAUAUACAGAAAAACAAAUGUAGGUGUCAAAUCUGUUUGAAUAGAAUAAAAAUAAAAGUGUUUCUGAAUUUAAAUAGUACUACUAGUACUAAUAAAGUAGUAAUAUAAGUACAUCCGUACUCUUCUUUACACAAUCCAGUGACCAAGUCUAAUGCUGACUCGCAUUCAUAACUUUUUUGUUAUCCAUAUUGAGACAGUAAUGACAGUAAGAGGUAAUCAUUGUUUUUUUUUUAUUGAUUAAACUGCUAAAUCUGAUUUAUGGGGAUGUUACACUUUUGGAAAAAUAGCAUGGGUUUAAUUUCUAGUGUUAAUGCUUUUAUAACUUUGGAAACUUUGCAAGUUUUGUAUACAAAAAACAGCUUUCAGUGCAGGUUUACUUCUUAACUACAAAAACUAUCAAGAAGUCCUUCCCAGGUUUGCUUAGCAGCCUCAAAAUGCUCCUACUUUUAAUCUGAAGACCAAAAGAAGGAGCCGAUUUUGACUUCAGGACAGAAUCUGUGUUCACCUGCAGUCGGGUCAGCUGGUAGAAGAAUGAGAGCCGGAGGACUCAGCGUGAUGCCAAGCGUUGCCUUACGUUCUUGUCUUAACUCUAGAGCCUGAACGGUUGAUUAGCCAAACCCAGAGCCCUACAGGACGUCCUGUGUAUGGCUCUGGUUUAUAUUGAAGCAAACAGCAGUCUGCGGGGGCAUGUCUACAACUCUGUCUUCUAGCAACCACUCACCAUCCACCUAUCUUGGUGAAGCGUAACAAUUAGAAUGUAAAAUAUGCUAAAAUUACAUACAUUUGCACAUUGUUGUAAAAAAUAAUGUUGCUAGCACUUUUGAAAAGAAUCAUGUUAGAAAUCGUGUUUUGUUUUACAUAUUGUAAGAUGAAUCAGAGAUUUAUUUUACGGAGGCUUUUAUUUUGCUGAUACAUACAGUAUGACAAAUAUAUAUAUUGAAUAUCUUUGUGUGUGAUCUAUAUUUGAUGCAGUAUAUAAUUGCGAUAAUGAAGAUGAUGAUGUUGAUUUCUGGCUGAUUGUUCACAUUUAGCUGGCAAACACAAGCAAAGCGGUGCCUCAAGCUUCAGGCUACCUCACUCCUCAUUCAGACUUUCAAAGCAAAUUUCUUUGAGCUUUUUAUGCAAUCAUUUUGUCAGCGGUGUCGGCUGCUAGCAGGAGGGGAUUGUGGGAAGUGUUUCUGGAAACGUUUCCUUCUCGUCCUGUUUUAAAGGUUCUCCAACACCAAUUAAAACAAAAAUUCUGGGGAUUUUUGUGUUGAUUCUUUUCUUUUUUUUUAACUUCAUCUGUGGCUCUACUUCCUCAAAUGGUGCACAAUGGUGCUGUGAGGCCUUUACGCAGGUGUCUGACUGGCUAAAGUGAACAAGCAGCGUAGGGUGGGGUUUUUAUUCUGGCGGACUUGCUGCGAUGCAGUGGCGUAAAAGCUGUCGAGGCUUCGUGUGGCUCUGAGCACACUGCAAAAGGGAAUCAGUUUGAUUCUCUCUUUACUUUUUCUGACUUCUAAUGUUCGAAGUGCUCAAGUGUUUGAAGAGUUUUAGCUUUAGAUUAUUUUUAUGCUUUUUCUUUGUGUAUUAUGAGGAUCAAUGUUUUCCCCUCAGACCCCCCCACGGCUCUUCAUUAUUUGAAUUUGUCAGAAAAAUACGAUGAACAAUUAAGUAAAUUAGAAAAUUGGCUGACUGUAACUGCCAUUUGUAAUUACUAGAAAGUUCCUAGUUUCUGAUGAGAGUAGAAAAACAGGAAAAAUAAACCACUCACUGCUACUACCUCAGUAAAGUGAGCUGGUCAGACUCGGCCAGCAUACGUGCAGCAGAGAACAAACAGAUUCACAGCCAGAUACUGAAGAACAACUUAAAGAAAAGCAUUAAAAGUGCUGAGAAAAACUGACACGAAUCUGGUUUCUGUACUAAUCUGUGGCUUAAAGCCCUGUUCAGUCAGGACGAACAUCAUGGAUGGAGUAUUUUAAUCCAGUCAAAUGACAUGAAAUGUGAGAGGUCAUAGACCAAAAAAACUGCAUCCUUCACAACAGGAUAAAAAUGGCCCUUGAUCCUGUUUGGUUUGUGCAAAGUAAGAAGCAAACCUGAAAAUAACAGACAAAAACAAGACAAAGUCAGUCUUUACCAGGCUGGUUCUAAAUGGAAACCUAAUUAUGAAGAUUGAUGCUGUAUUAAUGUUGAAUGUAAAGUACAACAUCAUCUGCAUAAAAACUUGCCUAAAGAAAUUCCAUUAAUCCUCUAAUCUCACAAACAGAAAACACACAUUUUUGGAUUUGGCGCAACUUCUACUUCCCGCUUACAUCAGUAUCUGUGAUGUAAAUCUGUAUUAAAACUUUAGAAAUCUACUAAGGGACUAAGGGAACAAAAUGUAGUUGAUAUCAACUGUAAAAUACAAGGACAUUUUUAGAGACAGGUUUUAAAUUAUAGGAAGAGCAGGACGUUUCAUUAAAAAAAAAAAAUAGGGGCUCAUUGUGGCUGUAAUUCUUACUGUUACUAGCCACAUUCACUAAAGACUGGAUUAAACUCUCCUCCACCGCUCUGUCAGACAGAAAUCCAUCCUAAAUGGGAUUUAAGGGAAAGAGCGCUGAGCCCAGACACGCCAGCCAGUUCCCAGAAUGUUUAAGAUUCGUGUGUCAAUCAUCCUUUUCAUAUUGAAAUGAGAAUCCCAAACAAAGAUGCCUCUCCAGUGCUUCUCCUCCUUUUUUUUUGGUAAAGUUCUGCUGCAGUGUGCUGGGAAGUCUUCUAGGAGCCAAAACAAAAAGUAGGAGACUUGAAAAUCCUUCAAUGCUACCUUUAUACGCAAAAAAUGUUCUCUUAAAUUGUUAUUUCUUAAAUUGAGCAUAAAAUGUACUGAUGAGUCAGUGAUAACUAUUUCAUUAACAGAACUAUACUUACAACUUUGUUUUAUAUAGGUAGUAACUGAUCAAACUCACAGUUUAAUGUUCAGCAUUUUCAUAAAGUUGUAUCAUUAGUGGGUUUUUCUAGGUUCUUGUCUCUGGACCGGCGCCUGGGUGGGUCAGAGUGUGAAAAAAAAAAGAAUCUACAGCCAUUCAAGACAGAAAAUAUGAAAAAUGAACAUGUAUGUUACCAAAAUCAUAAUGUUUCAUGUCAUUUUGUGUGUGUGCUCUUCUGCCAAAACCCAUGUUGUGACGGUGUCAUUAGUCCAAAACUGUUCCCGGAAACGGCCGGGCUGAAUGCUGUAAAACAAACUUGCACAGGUGGAGGAAGGAGGCUUUUAAACGAGUUUGAAUGUUUCUGGUUUUUGUCACUCAGGCUAGAGACAGACUGGUACAGGUACACUGGACACCUAAGACUGCCUCAGCAGCUUCUUUCUGAACAGCAGAAUCCCUUUUACACCACUUUUAGCUUCUUAUUUGGGUUUACAGUCUCAACAAAGACCUAAUGUGAUGUUCAUGUUGCUGCAGGCUGCUGAAGCAGUUUGCUAGCAUGUUAACAUGGAUUGUUUCAUUAACCAACAGUCAUGGCAGAUUUUUAGUUUGUUAUGAAGCCCCUCAUGGACAAAAAAAACUUAAAACUGAGGGAAUAAAGAUAUUUCAUCUGGAAUUUUUUGGUAUUAUUUGAAUGCAGAUUUAAGUUGUAAAUAGCUGCUGAUUAAUCAGCGGUGGUUUAUUAUCCGUAAAGCCACUAUCAGCCUGUCUCUAACACUCAGCGGAAUGAUGUCAGUGAUGGUGUGGACUGAACAUGCUAUGCAAAUGGUUGUGCUUCAGUCUGUGUUUUCUGAACGAACAAUCAGACAUUCAGAUGACAAAAACGACCCAAUGCACCAGUUUUAUUCCUGGACUGAGAAAAACUCUGAUCCGAGGACCUGAAAGUCCCACAAGACCCUCAGUGCUGUAUGUUAAAGAAUAUUCAAUGGGAUAAGAACUAAUUUGCAUAUUUGAUACAACAUUUCAGAAACUCCAACACGAGACAUUUGUUCUAAUGGGUAAUGUAUGUUUUCCUGUAGCGUCUCACCAGGAACAGCACAUUUGUGGAAGAAGCUUUACAGCAAAAAUAUAAAUUUUGAAAUAAAACACAACAAGAAAAUAACUGUAUUAAAUCUAAGUAUGUAAAAAAUGUAGUCAAAAGUUAAUGGUAAAAGUUAAUAAUGUUGUACUCAUAAUGGGAGUAUCUUUUGCAAAUUACUUUUAUGCAGCAUUUUGAAAUGCAUGUGCAAAAUUCAGAUAAUGUUUCCAUAAUUUUUUAACUCAAAAAAAAGAAUUUUAGACAACAAAAUGAAACCUGAAAAACAA